GCUGAGCUCCUCUGACAAAAACAAGGGCUGGGACUCCAGCGAGAGGAGCAGUGUGUCUGAUGCACAUGCAGCACAGGCUCUUCAUCCACUUCAUAAACAUUUCAUAUUUGAUUUGCCUUUUUGUAAUUCUUAGAGGGGGAAAAACGCACAUCGGCGCACCAUGUUGUCGGUGAAUUCAUUCCGUCAGCUCUGCAAAAUGUUCCUCUCUUUGCACGUUGUUUUCCUGAGCGUGGCGAUGGUGGAGAGCAGUGCAUCAAAUGGAAACCAAAAAGACUGCAUGAGAUCCAAUGGUGUGGAGUACAGAGGGGUCCAAGAGAGCUCCUUCUCAGGUCUGACCUGUCUAAACUGGUCCAACAUUUCCAGAGACUAUGAUGUUGAAAUGCAUCCUGAUCCUCAGACAGGUGUUGGAGAUCACAAUUACUGCAGAAACCCAGAUUCCUCUGAGAGGCCUUGGUGCUACAUUGCUGGCCCAGAUGGGACGGUCCAGAAACAGUUCUGUGCAAUUGACACAUGCGAAGAACAAGGCUCGACUGUGCCAGCAGAGGCCGGAUCCCUCACUCGAACAGGAACCACUCCCUCCACGGAGAGCUUUCAGGCGGCCAAGUCGGGACCUUCUCAGGGAGAAGUUGCUGCGGUGCAGCCGGUGAUGGGAAUCAGCCAGCGGGUGCGCACAGGACCCAAAAAGAAAAAGGACCUUGGCACACUCGGCUACGUCCUUGGCAUACUCAUGAUGGCGAUUAUAAUCGUCCUUGGUGUAGGCAUCACAUUUGGCUACUUCUACAAGAGGGGUCGAGACUUAAAGAAGCAGCAUGACCAGCGAGUGUAUGAGCGCGAGAUGCAGAGGAUCACCCUACCCCUGUCGGCUUUCUCCAACCCCACCUGUGAGCUGGUCGAUGAGAACACCAUUGUAAUCACAGCAGAGCACGAGACAACCCCCGUCCAGGAGAGUGUGGAGGAGGGCGGGGACCCCCUCAUGGGUCAGCAAGCUGGUACCCCUGGAGCAUGAGCAGCAUGUGUAGUCCUCAAACAGGACUGUGAUAUGUUUUUUGUGGACCAAAACACUCCCAUCUCCCCGUUUCUCCUUUCCACCUCCCUGAGUAACUUCUGUUUUUAAAAAGGAGAAGGGGAGUCGUCUUCGCUCCAAAGACUUGAACUGAAUGCUGUGUCCUGUUUCCUUAAGGUUUUAUACAUCUGGGGCACAAAAACGAUAAGAUGACACACAAUGGGCACAGUCUUAACAACUAGAAACCAUUAAGGUCAAUCUGUUGUUAUGUAUCAUGAGGUCUUUACUAUUCAUAUUUGAUAGAUUUGAUGGGCUGCCCCCCUAAAUAACAGUAUGAAUAUGUAGUAUAAUAUCUAGUCAAAUGGACGUUGGAGAAUAUGUGUUUAUAAUGGUUCUUUGUAAAGAGAUGGUGUUUGGAUUGGGGUAAUGUUUUGUUUUUUUUUAGUAUGUUUCCGUGUGGGAGAGGUGCUCUCCACAGGAGGUGUCGUUACAUGAUGAAUAUGUGGUUGAUUUUCCUUUAUGCUGACCCACUGGCUGUGUCGAGGGAAACGUUGACAAAAAAAAUGUGACUGGUUUGUCUCUGAGACACACUGGUGGCACAGAUGUGUGUCCAAAAAUAGCCAUCCUCCUCUGAGACAGGAUGCGCGAACAUGAGGUAAAACAGACCCACUGAAGACAAGGGAAGGCCUCCAACUCAGAAAUUGCCUUAGCAUGAUACUUCUGAAUGUACUUGUUUAUCUUUUCCCAGAUAAAUCUUUUUUUUCUUUUUGUACUUGACUGACAGACCAAUGCAGUUACAAAGCACGACAGCGGCCAUUGGCAGAUAUGAAAGAGGACUUGCCCUUUUCUUCUACAGGUUAAGGAGUGACAGGAAAUACAGAGUGCUCUCAGGAAGCAUGAGAGACAGUAGUUAGUCCUCAGGACAAAAUAGCACUGCCACAACACAGAGCAGAUGGGGUGAGAAAGAGAAAGUCUGAAAUCUUGUCUUUGCAGAGUAGGACAGUGUGUGUAUGUGUGUGUGUUGAAGUGCUGAAGAAGCCUGGUGCCUAGAUUAGAUUCAGACAUUUGAGUCAUGCACUUGAUGCUUCAGGGUAGAGAGUGGAGGGAGUGUAGUAGAAUAGAAACAGUCCAAAGUUUGGUGGUGUUCAUUCGAAAACAUGAAUGCAUGUACACGGUAACCUGCUGUAUGUUUGUAUUGAGGGGCCUCUUUUUCUGCAUCUUAAAAAGUAGAACUACUCGUUGAAGAAGACAUUUAGAAAAUACCUGCCUAAAAAACAUGGACAACAGGAUUUUAGUUUGUCGAUGCCCAUGAGACAUUGUUACUUCCCAGUAUAUUUCCAGUUUGUUUAUCAAUCAUCACUCCUGACAAUCUUGUUUUGUGAUUGCUGCUGGAUCCACAUCACUGGUAAUUUUUGGUUACGGCUGCUCCAUUAUUUCAAGUGUCUGUGCGCUGGCUGUGAUUACUUUCUUCAUAUACGCAAUGUGUUCACAAUACUGUUGUUCAGCAUUUGAAUUUAGUACUUGUAUUUGUAUGAAUGCAGAUUUUCACCGCUGAGACUGAAAUAAAACAUCAAGCACAGA